GGAUGACAUUCCUGGAGGUCAAGUUCCACUGCUAAGCCCAGUAUAAAAAGGAGUUUUGAAGGUUAGAUCCAUCACUCUGUGUGCUUCGAGUCCAUUUAUCAAACGCCAAAAAGUUUGAAGCAAAAGAACGGCAUCAUGACAUCAAACUUCUACUCCAGCACCUCUGUGAGCAACCGAUCCUCCAGGUUGAGCCGAAUCUCGAACACAUCCCGUGCCGUCAGCGUGUACGGAGGAGCAGGAAGUUCUGGUGUGAGGAUCUCCUCUGCACCCUUUGGGUUUAAGCAGGUGGGACACAGCACUGCAGGUUCAGAAGACUCUGUGAUCAUCGUAAAUGAAAAGCUGACGAUGCAGAACCUGAACGACCGCCUUGCCUCAUACCUGGCAAAGGUGCGAUCUCUGGAGAAGGCCAAUGCAGAUCUGGAGCUGAAGAUUCGCCAGUUCCUUGACAGCAAGUUAGCACCCAAGGCUCGAGACUAUUCUGCCUAUUGGGCCACCAUCAGUGAUCUGCAGAACAAGAUCUAUGCAGCAAUCCAUCUGAAGGGAGGCGUGCUCCUCAGCAUGGAGAACUCGCAGCUGACCAGGGAGGACUUCAGGAUUAAGUACGAGCACGAGGCAGUGAUGCGCCAGACAGUAGAGGGAGACAUUGCUGGGCUGAAGAAGCUUCUGGAGGAUCUCAAACUGUCCAAGAAGGACCUAACUCUGCAGCUGGAUAGCCUGAAAGAGGAACUUGCUUUCCUCAAGAAGAACCAUGAGGAGGAGAUGUCACUGGCGCGUCAGCAGAUGGGAGGGCAGGUGCACGUGGAGGUUGAUGCCACACCUCAGGAGGACCUCAGUAAAGUUCUGGCAGAGCUGCGUGAACAUUAUGAAGCGAUCACUGCUAAAAACAAGAAACAAAUGGAGAACUGGUUUAAAGCCGAGACGGAGACACUGAAAAAAGAGGUGGUCACUCACACGGAGAUUCUGCAGACGUCUCACAGCGAAAUCAAAACCCUGAAAUCCCGUCUGCAGGCUCUGGAGAUUGAGCUGCAGUCUCAGCUGUCCAUGAAAGCGUCACUGGAGAGCACACUGAAUGAGACGAAGGCGCGUUGGGCAAUGCGUCUGUCCUCGUACCAAAGCCAGGUAACGAGUAUGGAGGAGCAGCUGGUGCAGCUUCGUGCUGAUCUUUCUCGCCAGGCUCAGGAGUAUCAGAUGCUGCUGGACAUCAAGACCAGGCUGGAGCUGGAGAUCGCUGAGUACAGGAGACUGCUGGAUGGAGAACUGACCACCAAGAACACUGUCACCUCCUCCUCUUCCUCCACCUCCAGCACCACCUCCAGGACCAAGGUGAUCACAGUAGUACAGGAGGUGGUGGAUGGGAAGGUGAUCUCCUCCACAUCAUCCACCUCCUCAUAUGUCAAAUAAAGCUGAGACUCAUCAGUUGCAAUGCUGCACAGCACCACCAUGUGGCUGAGAGCAAAACUACACUGGAAUAAACUCAAAAUGCAUCACA